CUGCCUCCACCGCCCAGGGACAGAGGCUUGGCUGAGGUUAGACCACAGGGAGCUUGGCAACCCAGGGCCAGUGAGCUCUCUGCACCCUUCCCUGUGUCGCCUCAGGGGUCAGGGCUAAAGGCAGUGCUGGUGGACAGAUAUAGUGGGCAGUAUCCCACUAUUUUCUAAAGGCUGAGGGUGCCGAGGAAGGGAUUUUAAAUUAUAUGGGAGAAGCUUGAGCUCUGUGGGCCAAAACGGCAUCUCUUUGCUGUCCCUGUGUAGAGGAUCAUCGGAGACCUACCUAGCACAGGGAUGCUGUUGGAGGGUGAAUGAUUGUGGAUGGGGUACAACUUCUGUGUGAAAGGGAUGGGGAGAGGAGAGUCUGGAGACCUGUGGGGUCUCCAAGAGUUGGUUACACCUAAGUCCAAGGCAGCCUCCUCCUGUGGCUUUGGGGAAGUAUGCUAAGGGGGGUGAGGUGAAGAAAUUCCCUCUGCUUUUAUCUUCAUAUCAAUCCACCUCUCCCUCUUCCUCCCUCCGUCUUUAUUUUCCAGAUCUUUUCCUCCCCUGUUCCCAAGAUCCUCCUCCUGAGCGGCCACCAUGGGAAGUAAGACCCUGCCGGCCCCAGUGCCUAUCCAUCCUUCCCUCCAGCUCACCAACUAUUCCUUCCUGCAAGCGUUCAAUGGGCUGCCAGCUGUGCCCUCUGACCACCUCUCCAACCUCUACGGCUUCAGUGCCCUGCACGCUGUACACCUGCACCAGUGGACUUUGGGGUACCCAGCGAUGCAUCUGCCCCGCUCCUCCUUCUCCAAAGUGCCCAGCGUGUCGAGCCUGGUGGAUGCACGGUUCCAGCUACCGACCUUCCCACUAUUCCCACAUGUCAUCCAGCCCAAGCAAGAGGCCACCAACGUGACCCUCAAAGCCAAACCCCGCUUCGACUUUGCCAACUUAGCAGUGGCCGCCACACAAGAGGACCACUCUAAACUGGGACAGGCAGACAGUCAAGGCUCACCCCCAGGGCUGGGGUCUUUGCUUGAGGUUACUAAACUCUCUCCAGAGAAGAAACCCACACGGGGAAGGUUACCGUCCAAAACCAAGAAGGAGUUCGUGUGUAAAUUCUGUGGCAGGCACUUCACUAAGUCCUACAACCUUUUGAUCCAUGAAAGAACCCACACCGAUGAACGGCCCUACACAUGUGACAUUUGCCACAAGGCCUUCAGAAGACAAGAUCACCUGAGGGAUCACAGAUAUAUCCAUUCUAAAGAAAAGCCUUUUAAGUGUCAAGAAUGCGGGAAAGGAUUUUGCCAGUCCAGAACACUAGCUGUCCACAAGACACUGCACACGCAAGUAAAGGAACUGAAACCUGCCAAACUUAAGUGCUGAAUCUUCAACUUCUAUGAACUUUUCCUCCCCUUCAGACUUUACACCAAAACCAGAGCAGAAACAAAACUUUCAGGAUGGGAGCACUGAACUUUGUGUUUUGUUUUUGUUUUUACUUUUAAAAGAACAAAAUCCUCAUCCCUCCCACCCCCCCCCUCCCCAAGCAACUAAAUUCCUAAAUCGUGGGUGAAAAGAUCAUUUUGCAUUUAAAAUAUACAUGAAUGAUGCAGAGAGUGCUAGCUGACUUGUGUGGCUUUGAUAAACUUUAUGCCAAAAGGUGGUGCUCACGUGUUGGACAGGAAUCUUUUAAACCAAACAAAAACCCACAAGCCCCCCCCCCCCAACAACAAAAAAAAAAACCCCCAAAUCGUAGCUUUCAAAAGUAUUACUUAAAAAAAAACCAAAAAAACCCCCAACAACCUCUUAUUUUAUACUUUUUUUUUUGACUGUAUAAAGCUUCUUAGUUUUACACUUCAGGAAAUACAGAGAAUUCCAGAAGACUAUUAAGAACUGAAAUGGUGGUUUCUCAUCACAGCACCAUUAGGACAAGGAGAAGGGCAACUUGCAAAUCUCAUUUGCUAGUUUGUUUUCUUAGAAGAAGAAAAUUGAUGCUUGGAAAUGACCUAAAUCUCUCAAGUGGGGAGUCCUAUCAUGCGCUAGAAAAUGUAUCCAUAUCUUAGACCUGCAGGGCCCUGGUGUUUGGGACAAAUCAGUGUUCACGGGACAUGGAGACCUUUUCCUUUGCCUUGUGGUCUAGUGCGCUAUGAGGAGGUUUGUAACUCGUGGACUUUAAAAAAAAAAAUAAAACAGAGGAAAGAAAGGUGGCAAUACAUCCAACCGACGGUAUGCACAACGUGGUUUCAGUGGUACUUUAAAGUCUUCGAGUGUCCUGAUGAGAGAGAACAAAUCUCAGCCUGAGAGCAUAUUUUUUUAAAUGCUGGCUUUCUGAACAGUGUAUUCAAAUUAAGAGACAUUCCAAUAAGUUUUGUUUAUAAAAAAAAAAAAAAUGUAUGGCUGUUUGGCACUUUAUGCUGAUUAUUGGUAAUUGACAUUUAUCACUGGAUUGUGUGUGUUUUUUAAGUAUUAAAAUAAAUCGUUAUUUUACAGGCAUGUCUGCAUGGA